CAAUUUCGUUGAUUCUCCGUAAUUUCCCGCUUUACUUCGAACCACCUACAUCUACCACCAUGCUCGACGGAAUUUACAACAGACCAAACAGAAUGAUUGAGAGGCAAAAGGCUUUACAAGCUGAUCCUCGGCCUGUUCACCUCAAAGGCCCUCGGAGGGUCCUCGCCAUACGACUUUUCAGUGUUGGAUUCUCCGCCGGAGCGCUUGGUGCUGUUUAUGGGAUAUACCAACUGCUUAGGGUGAGCUUUUGAAUCACUCUGUAUAUCCAGCGACUGAGUAAAGGCUGGUCUGGCUAUAUAGGGAAAGCAACAAUAAAUCUAAAGCAGUAGAGUUCUAGAUGUACACGGAAGGAAUAAAAUACAACGUUCUUCACAAUGACAU